AAAGCCCUCCAACUGAACUAAAUCCAUCAUGCAGAACGACGCAGGAGAAUUUGUUGAUCUUUAUGUCCCAUGCAAAUGCUCUGCUUGCAACAAAAUUAUUGGUGCUGAGGACCAUGCCUCUAUUCAAAUCAACCUUGCUGAGGUCAAUAAAGUAACUGGGAGAUUCAAUGGGCAGCACAAAACCUGUGCCAUCUGUGGAGCUAUUCAUAGGAUGGGUGAAUCAGGUGAUUGUCUCCUAAGGCUAGCAAAGUACAAUGGGAUUGUGGCCAAGGCUGUCUAACAAGCAGAAGACUUGUAUUUGGGAAGGCUGAUGUUUGUAUAGAAAUAA